AUGGCAACCGUCGCAGCCCUCCGCAAUCUGCCAGACGAGGUGCCUCCGCUGCUGCGGCCCACCAACCGCCGCAUGCGGCGGCGCCCCGGCCGGGUACAGCUUGCUGUGGAGGCCAGCUGCAUCUCUUUGGACCUGGCACCGGAACCGGACCUCUCAGCUUCGGCUGCUUCCGGACAAGAGGUCCUCGUCGUCGCCGCUCAAGGUGGUUAUACGGAACUCCGCAUGCCGGGUCAGGCGCCAGACGAAACACCUGGCGACAACGUGGCGACAGCGGUGGCGGCAGCUGGCCCCGCCGUGGGGUCUGUGGUUCCGGGUCUUAUUUCGGGUCCAGGGUUACGGCGACUGGAGACCCAUGUGUGGCAUGCCCGGCGUAUGGCUAUGGAGUCCAGGUGGGGUCAUCUGUUGGCAUCCCACGCCGCGGGUCGGGGCCGAGGGAGCCGCUCUCUGCUGGCUCAGCUGCGGUGCCGCCGCCGCCACGGAGGGCUGGGGGGAGGCAGGCUGGGGGCGGGUGUGUCGGGGGGCGUGCUGCUGCAUGACUCCAGCUAUCUGGGUUGUGUGGAGCUGAGGGGGCAUCAGCGGGUGCUGGCGGCUGUGCUGAGGAGGAUGAGUGACCCCUGCCACCUGGACUCCCUUCUGGACCGACCGGAGCUCAUCAGCGGCGCGGCCGAGUGGGCCUUGUUCCUGCAUCGCCCAGGAGCCUUCCCACACGGCCCGCUGGCCCCUGUAAGGGCCCUAUGGCUACAAGACAGACCCGUCACGACCACAACAACCACCGCCACCGUCGCCGAGGAACAGGGGUGCUCGGGCGGGGGGAAGAAAGCGGAAGAGGUAUCAGGGCGCCAUUUGGACAGUGACGGCAUUGAUCCGGAGGGAUGGGCUCGGCGGUGUGUGCUGUGGCUGUGGGUCCAUGCCGCAGCUUUUACAGACGUGUGGGAGGCAUUGCACCAGGCAACGGCAGAGUUGGAGCAGGUGGAACUUGCUGCGGAGGCAGCGGAGGCAGGAGGAGAGGAUGGGCAGGAGGACAUGGCGGCCCCUUCCGGCGGCGGCGGAGUGAGUAUCCGUUCUCGUUGCUCUGACCUUCGGCGGAUUGAUGUGGUGGGAGAGGCCGCCACCGCGGCACUUGCUAGAGUGCUGCUGCCCACACACACGCAUGUGGCUGCUGCGGGCGGCGCCAGCAGUGGAGGCGCUAUGCCCACGACUAUGCCCACGGUGGCAGCGGCGGUGGCGGGCUCAAGAUCUGCCGCCUCCGCUUACGGCGCCUGCCGCGGCACCAGCACAUCGCAUUACCCCUCUGGCGAGAUUGGCGAUUCCAUGCUGGGCGGGAGAGUGUGGUGGAGCUUCAAGGGUGACUGCCAGGGGCUCGACCCGGAGGGACCCAGCGGGGCGCCGGACGGCUCGGGUUGGCGACGGCAUUGGCGCUGGCCAGCGGGUGCCGUACUGGGUAUGACGGCAGCGGACCCGCGCCUGGCGGCACCGGUGCGUGUGGGAGGCAUUGCGAUGUACGCGGACGCGCUGGCGGAGGCGGCAGGGAGGGGUAUAUACAGCUCAACUGACGGCAAUGGCGGAGGCGAUGGCGGGUUGUGGUGGCUCCCGGAGGAGGAGCUCAAGGGACAGAUGUUGCAGUGGCCGGAGGCAGGUGACUGGACGGCGGGUGCAGCGGCGCUUUGGCGCACUGUCCCCGCCCCGCGACAGCCGCAGCUACAGCCAGAACCGAGCCCCGCCACCGCGGUCAACCAAUCUGCGGAUGCCCCUUCACCGCCGUUGCGGCCACCGCGGGGCCCAGCAGCUACAGCAGCCGUACUACCUCCCCUGGGCCCUAACCAGGUGUCUGCCGUACGGCGCACCGCACGCAAGCGCCUCCUGCAUGCCGGCUUUGGAAUCAGGCUGGCGGAUGCCCCUCCUCAUCCCCCUCAGCCAUCUCGUUUCAAUCCUUGUGCGUCAACAUCAUCACCAGGCGGGGUGGAGGUGGCAGGCGGCGCCGGCAUCAGUUUUCCUCUACUCGUGAUUCGCCGACCUGAGGGCAGAAGCUGGGGGACAUCGUCCCGGGCGUCUACUGUCGUGAGGCAGUCACGCUCGGCGCGGGCGCGGACAGCGGCGGGGCCCGGUGGCAGUGAUCUGACUGUGAGGGUGUGCGACACUGCACCCGCCACUUCGCUGCUGGAAAGCCCUGGCAGCGGCUGGUCCCUGGUUCUUCCUGCCCACUGGGUGAUGCCCGUGUGGAUGGCGUUGGCGUUUACCGGCGCGCGGCCGACGGGCCAGUCCGAAUGGCGGCAACUGGCGGCGCACUUCCGUACGCCCUGCUUUCCGUAUGACCAUCCUUACACGCCUGCCGGCGUGAGGCUCAAUCGUGGACUGGCAGCGGAGAUGGCGGCGACAGCAUCACAACGGCCACUGGGUCGGGCUCGCCGGCCCACAGACUUCGGGCCCCUUGCGAAUUGGAGCAGGCUGAGACAGCCGCCACUCCUCCCGGUACAACCAGUGCCCAGCGCCUUGCGCGGCGGUGCAGGGGGUGCUGGCAGGAGUGGCGGCGGACGGAGCGAAGGUGUCCUUCAGGGUGAAGAAGGGCCCAGGGUAGGGAGGUCCAGGCAGGUAACGGCAGUGGCGGGGGCAGCAGGGGCGGUGGAGGCUGUUACAGUUGGAGGAGGAGACGGAGGCGAAGUAGCGGCCGAUAUGGACGUGGAUGGGGAUGGGGAUAUGCAGGGCCGGGACGGUGGAGCUGCCACGUGGAGGAUAUCGGCUGACGGCAAUGGCGGUUGCGGUGGUACGGAAGCUGGGGGCGGGUUCACCCAGUGGGCACUGGCCCUUAACAAGAGGACCCUGCAGUGCUGCCUGCUGGGCAGUGGGAAGGGAGGGGGACAGCAGCCGGUGGCGGCAGCGGCGGCUGCGUCGAGUGGGUUAAAGGACCCCGAAACCGCAUUUCGGCACGUAGAGGAAUUGGAUCUAAAGCCGCCGCCGCCGCAGCAGCAGCGGCCGGUGCGGGGCCGCCAGCCCGCCAGCAAGGACUGUCUACACGGCUGGACGUUGCGGAAGGCGCUGCGGCUCGGACUGGUGAAGCAACCAACCCAGCCGCCUCCCCCGCUGCUGCCACCCCCGAUGCACCAACAACCAGCACUGGCACCGCCCGCUGCGGCGCCAACGCCCACCAUGCAGUGGCAGCGGCACCCUCACCAACCCCAGUAUGGCACGGUAGUGUAUGUGGCUCUGCGGGUGGAAGGACGGGGCCGAUGCGAGGCGGGUGCGGAAGUCCUUGGCCUGCAAACCACUGGCUAUGGCACCCCUGGCCAAGGCCGAGCAGCAGGAGGCCGUUUGGUGAGGACGGAUAUGGACAUGGACUCCGAGGUGGAUAUGGUGGAGGGUUCGGCGGGGGCUGCAGAACAGUACGUGCUGGCUGCGGCUGGGUCUGGGUCUCGAGCUGUGGCUGAGCAGAAGGUCCGGAGGGCAAUGGUGGUUCUCGGAUACGUGGUUUCCGCAUCACCCCGGGGCUCACCUACCUACCCAGGUGGACUUGCCCUGUGCGACGCGGUCGGCUUGGCAAGCCAGGGUGAAGGCGACGUCUUCCGUGUUAAAGCAUGUUCAGGUGCUGGGGGCGGGGACGGAACGGGGUUCAGGGGUGGCCCGGAAACACGCUUAUGCGCUUGGGUAGUGAUCCGGUUCCAGCGCGGGACCCUCAGCCUUUGUUGCUGGUACUUGCGGCCUGCAGUCAAGAAGUCUCUCCCAGGCGUGUCCCUCACACAAUUCAGGGGCCCUGACGCGCCUCACCCACAAUCCGGUUGCUCGGGUAAACUGAGGUACAUUGACGUUUCGGUAGCAGUGCUGUAUACGCGGUCGUAG